AUGGUGGAUCCGAACGUGAAUGCCGACGGUGCAGCGGAUGCCGGCGUCGCAGCGGCCAACGCAGCGGCCAACGUCAACCUUGCUGAUGCCGUCAAUGGGCAGGCUAUCGCGCUUCAAGCAGUGGUCGCACAGGUGGAAGCUUUGCAGCAGCAGUUCCAAUAG